AUACACACUCGCGCACACACACUCACCCACCCGCACACACUCUGGUACCUGUGCAGACUGGGGGUGCUGUGCUGGAGGGUGCUUUUUUCCUUUUGAAGGUCCUCGACUCUGAUUUUUGGGGGAGAAGCAGGUGUCACUCAUUUACUCUUUCUUCCUUCUCUGCUUCCUGGAAUGCUAAAACUGGACUGAUGGACAUUUCAGAACUUUGCAUCCCUGAUCCUCUCAGCUAUCAUAACCAGGCCUCCUUGUCACGUUCGUUAGGGCGAUUACUCAGUCCACUGGCCACUCUGGAUCCCCCUCGCUGCUGGCUGUUGAACAGGAUGGCCGCUGAGGAGCGGCACCUGCCCUCCAGCUGUGGCUCGUACAUAAAGACGGAACCGUCCAGUCCGUCCUCUCUGGUGGACACGGCCAGCCACCCGAGUCCCGGCGCCCACUCAGACGCCAGUGGCGGCUACGCCAGCGCCAUCAACAGCCACUCCAACGGCUUGGACUCACCGCCCAUGUUCACAGCGGCUGGGGCCCUGGGGCCGGCGGGUGGAGCCUGCCGCAAGCGCUACGAGGACUGCUCCAGCACACUGCUGGAGGACUCAGGCCCCAUCAAGUGCGAGUACAUGCUCAACUCUAUCCCCAAGCGCCUGUGCUUGGUAUGUGGAGACAUCGCCUCAGGCUACCACUACGGCGUGGCCUCCUGUGAGGCCUGCAAGGCCUUCUUCAAGAGGACAAUACAAGGUAACAUAGAGUACAGCUGUCCGGCCACCAACGAGUGCGAGAUCACAAAGCGGAGACGCAAGUCCUGCCAAGCCUGCCGCUUCAUGAAGUGUCUGAAAGUGGGCAUGCUGAAGGAAGGUGUCCGUCUGGAUCGUGUGCGAGGGGGCAGGCAAAAGUAUAAGAGGAGGAUUGACACAGACAACAGUACAUACCUGGGCCUCACACUUCCACCUCCAGCAAAGAAACCAUUGACGAAGAUUGUGUCCCAUCUGCUGGUAGCAGAGCCAGAGAAGAUAUAUGCCAUGCCGGACCCCACCAUGCCUGAGAGUGACAUCAAGGCACUGACCACGCUGUGUGACCUGGCUGACCGCGAGCUGGUGGUCAUCAUCGGCUGGGCGAAACACAUCCCAGGCUUUUCCAGCUUGUCUCUGGGAGACCAAAUGAGUCUCCUGCAGAGUGCCUGGAUGGAGAUCCUCAUCCUGAGCAUCGUGUUCCGCUCGCUGCCCUAUGAGGAUGAGCUGGUGUAUGCUGAGGACUAUGUGAUGGACGAGGAACACUCACGGCUCACGGGUCUGCUUGACCUCUUCCUGUCCAUCCUGCAGCUGGUGCGCAAGUACAAGAAGCUGAAGGUGGAGAAAGAGGAGUUUGUCACACUCAAGGCCAUCGCACUGGCCAACUCAGACUCCAUGCACAUAGAGGACGUGGAGGCAGUUCAGAAGCUCCAGGACUCUCUCCAUGAGGCCCUGCAGGACUAUGAGAGUGGCCAGCACACAGAGGACCCUCGACGGGCAGGCAAGCUACUGAUGACCCUUCCCCUGCUCCGGCAGACCGCCACCAAGGCUGUGCAGCAUUUCUACAGCAUCAAGGUGCAGGGCAAAGUGCCAAUGCACAAACUCUUCUUGGAAAUGCUGGAGGCCAAGGUCUGAUUGGCCCAAGCCACGGCGGCCACGGCAACAUCGCCGCGGCACUAGCAAAGGAGGCGUGUUAGAGACACACUAACUGAGGAGAGGCAUGGAGAGAGACGCACUGUUGAUUGACAGGCCAGUUAUAGACUCACACUCUCUCCCGCUCUGUCUUUUGAAAUCUCUGUCUCUCAUGGACAGGAGACAUUUUUAAAGAACU